AUGGUCAGGAAGAAUCUCACCCUCGACUGGAUGAUGAGCUUCCAGCGUUUCAACGCGGCGAAAGGUAUUACUCUCGAAGAAUUGGUUCCUUGGAGCACGGAUUCGAACCUUGACAGAAAUGCAAGUACUUGCGUCCAGGGCAUUGAAUCAAAUCACGAGACUGAGAAUGAUGCGGGCAUAGAGUUGGAUACAAGCCUCCAGGACUGCGAUACGGCGCCAUGGGAGGAGCCGACUGUUAAUGUAUGCCACGCCCAAAUUCAUCAACCAGUCGUAGCCCAAAAUAUCGCUCCGAGCAAUGAUUCCAUUGGACGAUCUCAGAUGAUGGUCACCUCACAAGCAGACAUUCGCUCCAUUGCUGGAAACAGUACCUCUAGCCCGGGAGGGUCGAACUUGGUCACAAAUCUGGAUGAAUCCUUGCUGAAUCAUCAAGAUCAGAUGUCAGCGUUCAUUACAUACAUGCGUGAUGGAUCAACCGCCACAGAAACUUCGGCCUUUGAUAGAAGCCAUGAUACGACCAGCCACAGACAGCUCUAUGUUAAUGGCCGUGGGUUUCGCCAGUCGCAGGCCGACAGGGGCUUUCAAGAAAGACAUGCUACCGUUCUGCGACGUGGUUUAACCGAGCAUGACUCUCAUCCUGGUGCUUCAUGGUCAACGGUGCUUCUGGAGGAAAUCAAUCGAGCAAAAAGUCAGCAAAAAAGUUCUCGCUUCACUAUUCCAGAUUCCGUGUAUCGGGAGAUUCAAACGAGGCUGCUAUCAGGAGCCGGAAGACCUUUGCUACCUGAGAGGUUUGCUGCAGAUUUGGAUGUUCUUUUGGGCCGAGACACAUUUGAGUAUCUUAUUGCGCAGUACUUUGAACAUUUCCAUCACUUGCACCCAUUCGUCGACAACUCCCUUCUCAGCAUUCCCGUUUGGGGUUGGAGUUUGUGCAUUGGGGUUGCAGCCAUUGGGUCCCGUUAUCUGAGUCUCACAGAAUUGACCGACUUCGGCGAGCAACUCUGUGGCGCUUUACACGACCUACUGAUACGUGAGCUAGAUUUUGGUCGCGUACAAGACUGUCUUCCUUACAUCCAGGCCCGAACGCUCGCUGUCGUGGGCAUGUGCCAAAGCCAUAAUAACUCGCUGGUCAAAUGUGGCUAUAGCGCCAUAUCUCUCGUAUACAAUUCCUGUCUUCAACUACAGCUCCUUGAAGAGGAUGACAAGAUCGGGCACUAUCUCGAAGGCCAGAGCGUGGAGCAAGUGUGGCUGGCAUGGCGCUUUCGUGAAACAAGACGUCGAAGCGGACUUUUCAUAUGGCUUCUAGAUGCUUGGCUUUCGUUAGCUGCGAACCGUCCUCCAAGUAUACCGUCUGGCAAACUGGCGCUCAAAAUGCCUAGCGCAGAAGGUUUGUGGGACGCGGACUCCGCUCAAAGCUGGUUCAAAGCACUCGCGUCUCAUACGACCACGAGGAGUGGAGUGGACGCAAUUCUGUCGGAGGAGUCUCUCAGACCAAGCGUGCGAGAUUCAUUCGGCAAGCUCUGGAGCAGCCAGAACUCUCCGCAACCUGAGAAUCAACUAGGCGUCGUUAUCAUAAUACAUAUGCUACUUAGGCGGAAAUGGGAUAUAGGACAGUAUUUCGGUGAAGCAGUACACCUCAAUAUUACCUACAGUCACAGAAUAGGCGGAAGAGAGGCGCAGCAGCAACAAUACCUAGGAUCCAUACCCGAGUACGCUGAGUGGAGGGACUACACCUGCGACUGUCUGGACCUUCUUCAUUGGGACGCUGUUGGCUUCAUAGCACAGCAGUCCAUGUUUGAGAGUCCAUCAAUCCUACAUCUGCACCUUUCCCGCUUACUCAUACUGGCACCUGUCGAGGCCCUCCUGCGGUGCGCUCAGACAAACGCAACUAGUGCUUCCAUCGACAGCCUACCCCAUUCGAUAUACGCAUCAUCAGAAGAUCGGACUACAUGGCAUACUACGAUUCUCUCCUGGGUUCGAGAGGACAGGCACAAAGCCCGCCUAGUUGUCAUCCACGCUGGUGCCAUCCUAUGGCACGUCAGGCGAUUCUCCUCACACCCCAUCAUCGAACCAUUCGCAGUCUUUCUGGCAGCGUUGACCCUCUGGGCUUUCGGAAAGUUCGGUCCCCGACGUGAACACACUUGCUCCAGCUUGACCUGCAGUCAACACACGGAGCGAUUUCCCUCCGACGAGACUCCUUCGACUACCGGCCCAUCCCCUUGCACAGGUUCAUCUGACACAUCGUCACCGGCGUCUGGCAACUCCAGCAUAAACACGAAUCCUUCACAAAAGCGUCGUUCUGCAUCCACACGCUGCGAAGUAUCCUUGACAAAGCGUCGCAUGCCACGCAUGCUACAGCUUGAUCGCCCUCUGGACGAUGAGUUUGUGCAAUAUUUCAUCCGAUAUGGCGGUAAUACUCAGCUCUUUCUCGAAGGCGUUGAUGAUUUGUGCUCCGAGGAGGGUCCCGCCCAGAUUCUAGAAGAGGCAUCAAGGAUCUUGAAUGAGCAGCCCAUGUUCUGGACCAUAUCAGCGGGUUAUGCGGCUCAACUGGAUGUGAUCUCAGUCAACACUAAAUGUACUACUACCGAAGAAUCGUAA